UGUGGUCAUCUGCUUUUCUCUCUGUCCGUGUGUGAGUGUGUGAGUGAGAGAGAUUGUGGCUCGAAUACACACUGGAAUUUAUCUCUUUUAAACCAGCGCGAGCUCUUUCCGUGUUUUCUUCUCUUUUCUUGUUUGCUGUGGGUGUUGAGGAUAAAGUGCGACUUUUAAGGCGUGUGCUGACCCCAGACUACCUGCCCAGGAGGAGGAUGAGGAUGUGGCUUCUCGUGCAGAGGGCUAGCGAAUCACUCUGAAGGUAAAGGAUGCGAAGAUGGCACAGAUGUUUGAACCACCAGGACCAGACAGCUUCCACCCGUUUACCCGCGAGUCACUCAAGGCCAUCGAGAACCGAAUCGCAGAGGAGAACGCCAAGAAGAAUAAAGAAGAUCAGGAGAGAAAUAUUGAUGAUGAGGAUGAAACAAAACAACCUAACAGAGACUUGGAGGCAGGGAAGAAACUUCCACUCAUAUAUGGGGACAUACCCAACGGACUCGUGUCCACACCACUGGAGGAUAUGGACCCAUUUUAUUGCAAUCAGAAAACCUUUAUAGUAUUGAACAGAGGGAAGACAAUCUUCCGAUUCAACGCCACUCCUGCCUUGUACGUCUUAAGCCCCUUCAACCUUCUUAGGAGAAUAUCGAUAAAAAUUUUGGUGCAUUCGCUGUUCAGCAUGAUAAUAAUGUGCACUAUCCUUACUAAUUGUGCAUUUAUGACCCUGAGUGAACCCCCUGACUGGGCCAAAAAUGUUGAGCACACUUUUACAGGGAUAUAUAUAUUUGAAUCACUAAUAAAGAUCCUAGCCAGGGGCUUCUGUAUAGGGAAAUUCACCUUCCUCAGAGACCCAUGGAACUGGCUAGACUUCAGUGUUAUUGUGAUGGCGUUUGUAACAGAGUUUGUAAAGCUAGGCAGUCUAUCAGCUCUCCGCACAUUCAGAGUACUGAGAGCUUUGAAAACUAUUUCGGUAAUCCCAGGCCUGAAGACCAUUGUAGGAGCGCUGAUCCAGUCGGUAAAGAAGCUUUCAGACGUCAUGAUCCUGACCGUCUUCUGUCUGAGUGUGUUUGCCCUGAUUGGUUUGCAGCUCUUCAUGGGGAACCUAAAGCAAAAGUGCAUACGAGUACCACCCAAUGCUACGUUACAUGAGAAUGGAACCCUGACUUUUAAUGGGUCUAAUAAUGUUCCGGAAUGGUUCGUCAACUACGCUAAAGAGGAAUAUAAUCAGUAUAAAAUAUCUGGAAAGAAAGACGCGAUGAUCUGUGGAACAGCGAGAGAUGCAGGGCAGUGUCCAGAGGGUUUUGUCUGCCGUAAAGCAGGCAGGAAUCCAAACUAUGGCUACACCAGCUUUGAUAGCUUUGGCUGGGCCUUCCUCUCUCUCUUCAGACUAAUGACUCAAGACUACUGGGAGAAUCUCUACCAACAGACUCUUCGUGCUUCAGGGAAGACCUACAUGAUCUUCUUUGUGCUGGUCAUCUUUCUGGGCUCCUUCUACCUUGUGAAUCUGAUCCUGGCUGUGGUGGCCAUGGCCUAUGAGGAACAGAACCAGGCUACCAUUGCGGAAGCUCAGCAGAAAGAGGAAGAGUUCCAGGCCAUGCUCGAGCAGCUCAAGAAACAACAGGCUGAUGCACAGGCAGUGGCUGCAGGGUAUGACAGUGGGGAUUUUAGUGGAGGAAUGACAGACACUUCUUCCGAAGCCUCCAAACUCAGUUCCAAAAGUGCCAAAGAACGACGCAACCGGAAGAAGAAGAGGAAGCAGAGAGAAGAGGAGGAGGAGAAAGGAGACUGUGAAAAGGUCCACAAUUCCGAGUCAGAGAGCAGCAUUAGAAGGCCCAGCUUCAGGUUCUCAUUAGAUGGAAACCGACUGCCGUAUGAUAGGACGUACACAUCUCCUCACCAGUCUGUCCUGAGCAUCCAGGGUUCAGUCUUCACGCCGCGCCGGGACAGCAGAGCUAGCAUCUUUAGUUUUCGUGGCCGGCUGGGAUCAGAGAACGACUUUGCAGAUGACGAGCACAGUGCGUUUGAGGACACAGGCAGCCAGAGAGGCUCGCUGUUCCUGCCACACCGCUCAGAGCGGCUUUACAGUACUGUUAGUAAAGGCAGCUUGAGCCCACGCAUUCUCCUGCCCACCAAUGGCAAAGUGCGUUGCUCUGUGGACUGCAAUGGUGUGGUAUCACUCGUGGCCGGACGCUCGCUGCCCAGCUCGCCCGCUGGACUGCUGCUGCCCGAGGUGACCAUAGAUAAAGCCACUACAGAUGACAAUGAGGAUACACAAGAGGAGUACAGGAUGAGAUAUGACUCUCAUCAGCCCUCACCAGGGUACCUGGAUGACCAGAUAGCCAGACAGAGAGCUCUGAGUGUAGCCAGUAUUAUCACCAACACUAUGGAAGAGUUGGAGGAGUCUAGGCAGAAGUGCCAUCCGUGUUGGUAUAGGUUUGCCCAUACUUUUUUAAUCUGGGAGUGCAGUCCAACAUGGGUGAAAAUAAAGAAAACAGUUCACAUGGUUGUGAUGGACCCAUUAGUGGAUUUGUCCAUUACUAUCUGUAUUGUAAUGAAUACAGUAUUCAUGGCCAUGGAGCAUCACCCCAUGGAUAAGGAUUUCGGUGCAAUGCUUGCAGUGGGAAACUAUGUUUUCACAGGCAUCUUCACAGCUGAGAUGAUCUUCAAGAUCAUAGCUUUGGACCCUUAUUAUUACUUCCAAGAAGGCUGGAACAUAUUUGAUAGUAUCAUUGUCAGUCUGAGUCUCAUGGAACUUGGGUUGGCCAACGUAUCUGGAAUGUCUGUUCUUAGGUCAUUCCGGCUGCUGAGGGUCUUUAAGCUGGCAAAGUCAUGGCCCACUCUAAACAUGCUGAUCAAGAUCAUUGGCAACUCGCUGGGUGCCCUCAGCAACUUGACACUUGUCCUGGCAAUCAUCGUCUUCAUCUUUGCUGUGGUGGGCAUGCAGUUGUUUGGGAAGAGCUACAAGAUAAACGUGAUGAACAUCUCAACAGAUGGGAGCCUCCCUCGCUGGCACAUGUGUGAUUUCUUCCACUCGUUUCUAAUUGUGUUCCGCGUACUAUGUGGGGAGUGGAUCGAGACCAUGUGGGACUGCAUGGUGGUUUCUGGACAGCCCAAGUGCCUAAUUGUCUUCCUCAUGGUCAUGGUGAUCGGAAAUCUUGUGGUUCUGAACCUGUUCCUGGCCUUGCUGCUCAGCUCCUUUAGUGCAGAUAACCUGGCAGCCACAGAUGAUGACAGUGAAUUGAACAACUUACAGAUUGCUGUGGGCCGCAUCGAGAGAGGCAUCGCUUUCCUUAAGGCUUGUCUGCGCCGCUACUUUCAGAGUGCCUGCCUCAGAAGGAGAAAGAAAAAGGCAUCAGAGGAGGAUGGACUAAAAAACAGCAAGAAGCUGACUGAUAUCUCCAAUCAUACCACAGUAGAGCUGAGCAAAGACCCAGGAUCUAUGAAAACAGUAGCAGGAGCAGACAACGACUCUGAGAAUUUCAUUGUCAACUCUGGCUUGACUGUCACUGUGCCCAUAGCCACUGCAGAGUCUGACCCAGAGUGCCACAACAUGGAGGAUUUCAGCAGCUACUCUUCUGACAUGGAGGAAGAUAAAGAGAAGCUAUCGGUGAUGAGCUCUUCUGAGGGCAGCACAGUGGACAUCAGGCCCCUGAGGGAGGGAGGAGAGUCACUGGACUUUGAGCUGGAAGAGUCUAUGGAUCCAGAGGCCUGCUUCACAGAUGGCUGUGUACGCAGGUUUCCGUGUUGUCAGGUGAGUGUGGAGAAGGGCAGGUGGAAGACAUGGUGGACCGUCAGACGUACCUGUUAUAGGAUAGUGGAGCACAACUGGUUUGAAUCCUUCAUCAUCUUUAUGAUCCUGCUCAGCAGUGGAGCACUGGCAUUUGAAGACAUAUACAUUGAGGAGUACAAGAGAUUGAAGAUGGUUUUGGAAUAUGCAGAUAAAGUUUUCACCUACGUCUUCAUGUUGGAGAUGCUUUUGAAAUGGCUAGCUUAUGGAUUUGCUAAAUACUUCACCAAUGCCUGGUGCUGGCUGGACUUCCUUAUUGUCGAUGUCUCUCUGAUCAGUCUGGUGGCCAACGCCCUUGAUUGCUCGGAGCUCACUGCCAUCAAAUCUCUGCGUACACUGAGGGCCCUGAGACCUCUCCGAGCACUCUCACGCUUCGAGGGAAUGAGGGUGGUUGUCAAUGCUCUUCUUGGUGCCAUUCCCUCAAUCAUGAAUGUGCUGCUGGUCUGUCUCAUCUUCUGGCUCAUCUUCAGCAUCAUGGGUGUCAAUCUGUUUGCUGGAAAGUUCUAUGAGUGUGUAAACAUAACCUCAGGAGCUCGCUUUAAUGAGACAGAGGUCACGAAUAAAACGGAGUGUGAGCAACUAGGCAAUAAUACUGCCCGUUGGAAAAAUCUGAAGAUUAACUUUGACAAUGUUGGAGCAGGAUAUCUGGCCUUGCUGCAAGUGGCUACGUUCAAGGGCUGGAUGGACAUUAUGUAUGCAGCAGUAGAUUCUCGCAAUGUAGAUGAACAGCCCAAGUAUGAAGCAAACCUUGUUAUGUACAUCUACUUUGUAGGCUUCAUCAUAUUUGGAUCCUUCUUCACUUUGAAUCUCUUCAUUGGUGUCAUUAUUGACAACUUCAACCAGCAGAAGAAAAAGUUUGGAGGUCAGGACAUUUUUAUGACAGAGGAACAGAAGAAAUAUUACAAUGCUAUGAAGAAACUGGGCUCAAAGAAGCUGCAAAAACCAAUUCCCCGGCCAGCAAACAAGCUCCAGGGUUUUAUCUUUGACAUUGUGACAAAUCAAGCCUUUGACAUCUGCAUUAUGAUUCUUAUAUGCCUUAAUAUGGUCACGAUGAUGGUGGAGACAGAAGAUCAGUCAGAAAGCCAGAAGGCAAUUCUUUACUGGAUUAAUCUGAUCUUCAUUGUGCUAUUCACAAUGGAAUGUGCGCUGAAGAUGAUCUCUCUUCGACAAUACUUCUUCACAGUUGGCUGGAACAUCUUUGACUUUGUAGUGGUCAUUCUGUCAAUAGUUGGCACCUGUGUUUCUGGGGUCAUUGAGUACUUUGUCUCGCCGACGUUGUUACGCGUCAUUCGGCUUGCUCGGAUCGGCCGGAUUCUUCGCCUUAUCAAGGGCGCCAGGGGAAUACGCACCCUUCUGUUUGCUUUGAUGAUGUCCCUACCAGCUCUGUUCAACAUCGGCCUUCUCCUCUUUUUAGUCAUGUUCAUCUACGCUAUCUUCGGCAUGUCGAACUUCGCCUAUGUCAAGAAGGAAGCCGGCAUUGACGACAUGUUUAACUUUGAGACGUUUGGCAACAGCAUGAUCUGUUUGUUUCAGAUCACCACUUCUGCAGGCUGGGAUUCUCUCCUGUCACCGAUCCUCAAUACCAAGCCUCCUGACUGUGACCCUACUAAGGAACACCCUGGCAGCAAAGUUAAGGGCGACUGUGGCAGCCCAUCUGUAGGCAUCUUCUUCUUUGUGAGCUACAUCAUUAUAUGCUUUUUGAUCGUGGUGAACAUGUACAUAGCUGUGAUCCUUGAAAACUUCAGCGUGGCCACAGAGGAGAGCGCAGAGCCAUUAAGCGAGGAUGACUUUGAGAUGUUCUACGAGGUGUGGGAGAAAUUUGACCCCAAGGCCACACAGUUCAUGGAAUACAACAAAUUGUCUGAUUUUGCUGAUGCUUUGGACCCUCCUCUGCGUAUACCCAAGCCGAAUAAGAUCCAGCUGAUCAACAUGGACCUCCCAAUGGUGAGUGGGGAACGAAUCCACUGCCUGGACAUCUUGUUUGCUUUUACGAAACACGUCCUCGGGGAAGGCGGUGAGAUGGACGUCCUUCGCGGACAGAUGGAGGACCGCUUCAUGGCCUCCAACCCAUCCAAAGUGUCCUACGAGCCCAUCACCACAACACUGCGGCGCAAACAGGAGGACAUGUCGGCUGUCAUCAUUCAAAGAGCCUACAGGACACACGUUGUAAGACACAGUAUGAAACAGGCCUCCAACACGUACAAAGACACUCCACAGGAGAACGGAAAGGUCUCACACAAGGACUCAGUGGCCAGAGACAACUUUAACAACCAUUCCACUUCAGACAAAGGUGACACAACUCCAUCCACAGCCAUACCACCAUCAUAUGACAACGUAACACAGGGUGGCAAGGACAAAUAUGAGAAGGACAAAAGGGAAAAGGAGGUCAAAGGAAAGGAUAACAAGGAGCGAAAGAAAUGAACGUGAAAUGGUAGAAAAAAUCCUCAAAAAAUUGAUGUAAGGAGACAAAGUGUUUACAGCUUUCGAGGGAUCAACUAUCCUCCUUUCUAAGGGUGGCUGUCUAUGCCAAAAUGACAAACCUUACUUGAGUUUCAUAUGAAGGUUAGUGCCUGAAAUGUGGCAGUGAUUGAUGUGGCUAUAUAAUGAGGCUGCACAUUCUAUGCUGUUUCUCUGAGAAGGUUGACAGGACCAUAUGAAGUCAUGCGUGUUUCUGCAUCUAGUGUCUUGCAUUUUAAUACCAUAUUAUUCAACAAUCUAUUUUUUUCUUAAAAAGUCAUGUUCUUAAUGACAUUGUUUUUAAGACUUUGUGCUACUUUACCUCUAUUAUUUAAAGAAAAAGAGUUAGAGAGUUGAUGUGUUGAAGGUUUUAAAAAAAGAAAAUGACUAUAUUUUGCGUCAGUGGGUUUCUUUGCUGUCCAAUAAAAAUUACAACACCCGCCCGUAGUAAAACAGAAGACAGUCGCCUAUCUUGUCCAGUAUUUCAAAAUGGCUUUAUGCCUCUCAGGUGCCUCUUAACCACACUAGAAAGCCAUUAGUUUAUGUGCCUAUUCACGGCCUGUCUCCAUCAUGAGCAUACAGUACAAACAAGUUCAUCUGUUCCUGAACAAAUACUACAU